AUCAAAGUAGUAUCUAAAUUUUCUAAUCUAUCUUUUGGUAUCGCAUUGGAGAUAUGGAUUUGAAAGACGUAAAGUUUGGAGAUGAAAUGAAGGAUGAGUUUCUCUUGGAUAAAUCAUGUGCUUUUGUGAACCAUGGAUCUUAUGGGCCAACUCCUAAGAGAGUGGUGGAACAGAAAGUCAAGUUCAUAUAUGAGCAAGAAGCGCAGCCCGACCUCUGGUUCCGAUUCAACCUGGAAAAAUACUACGAUGCUUCUCUCACAGCUGCUGCGGAAUUUCUCGGAGUUAAAAAAUCGAACUUGGUGCUUGUUGACAAUGUGACUACAGGCGUCAACACUGUGGUGAAAUGCUUGAAAUUUGAGCCUGGAGAUCAGAUAUUGAUCCAUACUCACACUUACAAUGCAGUUAAGAAUAUCGCUGACGAACAAGAGGACUUUAUCAAAGGUGUUAAAGUUGUUACUGCUGAAAUCCCACUUCCCAUAAAAUCUGAGGAUGACUUGGUAGAUGUUUUCCGCAAAGCAUUGGAUGAAAAUCCCAAGAUCAAACUUGCAGUUCUGGACCACAUAACAAGUCCGUCAGCUAUAAUAUUUCCUGUUGAAAAACUGUCCAAGUUAUGUCGUGAACGAGGCGUCUUAACAUUGAUAGAUGGCGCUCAUGCACCUGGUCAAAUAAAACUCAAUGUUGCCGAAGUUGGAGCUGACUUUUAUUCAGCAAACUUUCAUAAAUGGUGUUACGUGCCUCGUUCAUGUGGAUUUAUUUGGUUUUCUGAUGACUUCCACGGCCAGCUACGCCCUCUAGUGACGUCACAUGGAUACAAACACUCAUUGGACGACCAGUUUAACAAUCUUGGAACUCGGGAUAUUUCAAGUUACUUCUGUAUUCCCCACGCUCUUAAGUUUUAUAAAGAGAUUGGUGGCUUGGAAGCCAUUCAAGCUCAUGGCAGAGAACUCACCAAAUUUGCUGCUAAAAUUCUCUGUGAAGCCCUUGGCACAGAAGAGUUAGACAUUCCGGAUUCCAUGAGGGCUCCUUGCAUGACAACUAUCAGAUUGCCUUUGAAAAAACCUGCUAAGCUCGCUGAAGCAGACGUGAUGACUAAAGACAUCUUCAAAUUUCACAAAGCCCAAGUUACAAUUUCAGUUUAUAACGACCAAUUUAGAAUCCGUCCCACAAUCAAUAUAUAUAAUAGUAAAAAUGAUUUGAUGCAGCUAAAAGAUGCUGUAGUAACAUAUUUGAAUGAAAAUUAUGCCGAUUAUAUUGAAUAUAAAUUGCCUUGUAAUUAGAAAGGUGUAAUGUUAUAACAGGGUAUAUCAUUUUAACUGGGGACCUGUUAGUUCCAAAUAUACCCAAUUAUGGUGCUUAAAAUUAUGGUGGAAAUUAUUGUUUACGUAUUUGCCCUUAAUGGUGAUUGUAUAGCAGCUGCUUGAAUCUGAGAUGAUUAAGAGAUUUUUCAAAGUGUUGUUUAAUUAAAAUUUUAGAUAUUUCACUGUUUUUUUUAACUAAUAAAAUUAACUCUUAGGCUGUUUCAAAUAUGGUUUAACUGUUUAAUAUAUUAAUUUAUAGAGUCUGAUCUAAACUUCAAUAUCUAGGAAUAAUAAUUUCUUUCCCAGAGUAUACUCUACAUUGGUUGACAGCCCUUUGAUGUUUGUAAGUAGUGCCUAUGUAUAUUUUACUUUUAAUCAAGUGCCUCUUAAGACUUUGUGAUUAUAACUUGAAUCAGACUUUUGCAUGUAUUGUGAUUUCUGUGAGCCAGGUUUGGUGUCCAUAAAGUCUCGUCACAAUUUCCAUUUCGUUAUGAAGUCAUUUCUCGAUAUAUGUCAACCAUUUUAUUUUAAUCAAUGAUUUCUGUAUGAAAACCUGUAACUGCAUUUCAUCGCUAAUAAUGAUUUUGUAAUGAACUGAAAUUCAAUGAAAUAUCCACUAUGCAUAUAAAUACUGUCUCCUUUGUGUGGAAAUGAGCAAAUCUACGAGAUUUUCAAUAAAGACAAACUUAGUUGUAGCAUAUUCCUUUUUUUUAUUUCAAACUAUCCCAUUUCUGCAUAAGUUGCACUAAAUAUAAUACAGCUAUCACCAAUUUGCCUCAUUAUUACCACAUUUAUUCUAAUAAUUACACCCACAGUGUAUCAUAUAGUAUAUAAUAUUGUUACUGAGUAUAUAUUUUUAUGGUUUUAAUUAUGUUGAUGCAAUUGCUUUUGUGCAGUGAAAGAACUAAUCAAUUCUAUUUCAUAUUCUGAUAAUACAAAAAUAUGCAUGUGCAAUUAUUAAUAGCAGGUGGAAAUUAAAUUAAAAAUGCUAUGCUAAUAUG